AUGGCUUCCGCAGACGAGCUCAAAGCUCUGGGCAACAAGGCCAUUGCCGACAAGAACUUUGACGAUGCCAUCGACAAGUUCACCCAGGCCAUUGCGAUACAGCCCGACAAUCACAUCCUCUACAGCAACCGAUCCGCCGCGUACGCUUCCAAGAAAGAGUGGGACAAUGCCCUAAAGGAUGCCGAGAAGACGACCGAGAUCAAGCCCGACUGGGCCAAGGGCUGGGGCCGCAAGGGUGCUGCGCUGCACGGCCAGGGUGACCUGCUCGGUGCAAACGAUGCCUACGAAGAGGGUCUGAAGCAUGACGCCAGCAAUGCGCAGCUCAAGAGCGGCCUGGCCUCGGUUCAGAAGGCGAUCCAGCAAGAAGAAGGAGGACCAGGAGGAGACCCCUCGGGCGGCUUGGGACAAAUGUUCAGUGACCCCAACCUGAUUCAAAAGCUUGCCUCGAACCCCAAGACGAGUGCCCUUCUGGCCGAUCCUUCCUUCAUGGCCAAGCUGCAGCAAAUCCAACAGAACCCCAAAAACACUCAGGAGCUCUUCACCGACCCGAGGAUGAUUCAGGUGCUCGGCGUAAUGAUGGGCGUGGAUAUGGACGUGCGCGAGAACGAUUUCUCUGCCCAAGACACGGCCAUGCCCGACGCGCCGUCAGAGCCCGCCAAGCCCGCCCCUGCAAAGAAGGCUCCCGAGCCCGAGCCCCAGCUCGAAGAGCUCGACGAGGAGGCCCUCGAGAAGAAGAGGAAAAAGGAAGAGGCUGACAAGGAAAAGGCCCUGGGCACUGAAAAGUACAAGAAGCGCCAGUUUGACGAGGCCAUCGAGCAUUACACCAAGGCUUGGGACAUUUUCCACGACAUUACCUACCUCAACAACCUCGGGGCUGCCUACUAUGAAAAGGGCGACUACGACAAGUGCAUUGAGGCGUGCACCAAGGCCAUCGACGAGGGCCGCCAGAUCUACGCUGACUUCAAGCUCAUCGCCAAGAGCUACGCCCGGAUCGGCAGCGCGCAUGAGAAGAAGGGAGACAUGGCCCUAGCCAUCGAAAACUACAACCGGUCGCUGACCGAGCACCGUACUCCCGACGUCCUGAACAAGCUCCGCGCCGCCGAGCGCACCAACGUCGAAGCCGCCAAAAAGGCAUACGUUGACCCGGCCAAGGCCGAGGAGGCGCGCGAGGAGGGCAACAAGAAGUUCAAGGAGAUGGACUUUCCCGGGGCGGUUGCCGCCUACUCGGAAAUGACCAAACGGGCCCCCGAGGACCCCCGCGGCUACAGCAACCGGGCGGCCGCCUUUAUCAAGCUGUUUGAGUUCCCCAGCGCGCUCGAGGACUGCGACGCGGCCAUCAAGCGCGACCCCACCUUUAUCCGGGCCUACAUCCGCAAGGCACAGGCCUACUUUGGCAUGCGCAAGUACUCGGAGUGUGUCGACGCCUGCACCGAGGCACAGCAGGUCGACCAGGAGCACCACAAGGGUGCCAACGCCCGGGAGAUUGAGCAGCAGCAGCAAAAGGCGUUCGGGGCCAUGUACUCUGCGCGCGAUAGCGAAACCGAGGAGCAGACGAGGGAGAGGCUAAUGAAGGACCCCGAACUCAUGAGCCUCAUGCAAGAUCCCGUCAUGCAGUCCAUCCUGCAGCAAGCACAAUCGGAUCCCAAGGCUCUGCAGGAGCACAUGCGGAACCCCGGAGUACGCACCAAGAUCCAGAAGCUGAUUGCCGCCGGCGUUAUUCGCGUCGGCCGUUAG